GCGUUUCGGCCUUGUCUAUGGUGGCGCGGGGGACUCUGGACCCCGAAUGUCAACAAUACUGGUUGCAAACUUCAAAAUGGGCCCACUACCUGAAGAUUCCACCACGCUAUGUCUUCCUCUCACAGAUAAUCAGCACGGUUCUUAUGUCCGUUUGUGCAGUGCGGUGUCGGAAUCUGGAUGAUGCAGACAAUCGACGGUUUUCUGUUCAACCAAUCUGACGUGGUCCUGCAUCCCAAUCAACUCGCUUUAUGCGUCGUCGGUGAUCUGGGGUCUGGUUGGUCCUCACCGCCUCUUCAAUAGUGGAAGCAACUACUCGUAUAUCCCGCACAUGUUCAUUGUCGGCAUCUGUGUGCCAUUUCUGGUGUGGUACUUGCAAAGACGAUAUUCAAACAGCUUUCUGGCACAACAUCCAUCUGCCUGUGGCGCUGUCCUCCUUGGCUAUCUUACCUGGUGCUCCUUCUACAGUGGUGGUUAACUGGUUUCUCGGCUGCCUUAUAUUCUAGUACGUGGUGCACCGGUACUGGUACGGGUACUACAGGAGAUAUGCGUUCACUCUGGUGGCAGCUUUUGACUCGAGUGUCGCAAUCGCUGGUGUGCUGAUUUUCUUUAUAUUCACCUAUUCAGACGUCAGGAUGCCGUCAUACUGGGGCACAAGC